ACAAAUCAGAAGGGAAGCUGAGUUGAUGUGCUGUGAGAGAACGCCCCCUUGUUUGUGAGGGAAGAACAACAGCAGCGGCUAGUAGGAUACACCGUUGGAGAGGGGAAUUAAAGUUGGUCGCGGGUUCAGCACACUCUGCCAGCAGUUCAAGAGGUUUAUGGUCCAGAUUUAAACUGAGACCAUGAAGGGCUUGGAGCUGCUGCUGUUGCUGCUUUUUCUAAAAGAUGUUAGUGCUCAGUGGAAUGUGUGGAUGCCCAGAGACAUUUCAGCCAUGACAAACUCCUGUGUGGUUAUACCUUGUUCAUUCACAUACCCCUCUGGUAUCAGGCCUUACAGGGGGGUCCACGGGAUCUGGUAUUUUGGACACCCCUACCCCCAGCUUUUCCCCCCAGUGGUGUAUAAGUCACGCACAGAUAUUGUUCACGAAAGUUAUAAGGGACGGAGCAGGCUACUGGGUGACCUGACACAAAAAAACUGCACACUGCUGAUAAAAAAUGUCGGCGAGGAACUUUCUGGGAGGUAUUACUUCCGUGCAGACCUGGGCGGAGCAAACAUCUACACUUUUCCUGACUUCACAAAUCUACAGGUGUUGAAUCAGCCCAACAUCGAUGUUCCAGAGGAGAUUGUUAGUGACUUAAGCCUGGACUUGACCUGUUAUGUCCCAGACAAUUGUCCAGACAUGAGUCCAGAGAUCCACUGGAUGUACACAGACUACCUACCCGACCCCGUUUUCACCCCUGACACUGUUGAGGAGAGCAACACUGCUGUACUGUCCAGCACCCUCACCUUCACACCCAAACCCAUGCACAACGGCCAGCUGCUGGGUUGCCGGGUCCACUACCCAAACACCACCUUCGUCUAUGAACGCCUCAUUUCUCUGGACAUCAAGUACGCCCCUCGAACCGUGUGGGUGAAUGUGUCUCAAGAGGUGAUGGAGGGAAGCUCGGUGGUCCUGCACUGUGAUGUGGACAGUAAUCCAGUCCCCACGAUAACUUGGUAUUUUGGUGAAAAAGAGCUGAUGUCGGAAACCGCCUCAAACUCUUCACUGCCCCUGGACAACCUGACCCCGGAGGAGGAAGGUGUCUACACCUGCGUUGGUGACAAUGGCUACGGCAGCAUGAACACAUCCAUGUAUCUGGCAGUAAAUUUUCCUCCACGGGAGCCAAGGAUCAAUGAGUCUCUGACAGCGUUAGAGGGAUCUUCAGUUGCUCUACAGUGCACCAGCAGGGGUAAUCCAAUGCCCACGUUGACCUGGCUGAAGGAUGGGGAGCUGGUGGGCACCAUCACAGCUGAGGAGGGGUCUGUGCUUGAGCUGCACGAGAUCACACCGCAGGCCGAUGGAGUCUACCGCUGUCUAGCCGAGAACGAACACGGACGGGCCAGCAGCUCACUUAACAUUACAGUAGAAUUUGCCCCUGUCCUCCUUGACGACUCUAAGUGCACUAUAGUCCGUGAGGGCGUUCAGUGUGUGUGCAUUGCCUCAGGAAACCCUGAGCCUGUGAUCGAAUUCCACCUGCCUGACCUCAACAUCACCAUCAACAACUCCAACAACCGUUUCAACUACUACAUGCACUCGGAUGGGUACACGUCCACGGGCAUCAUUAAGCUCCAGGACAAGGGUGAAACGGGAAACAAUGGUGAUACCGCUGUCCAUGUGCACUGCAGUAUCAGCAACAUAUACGGCUCCGAGACCAUCCGCUUGGAAUUGCAGCAGGAGAAAAAGUACAUGAUGGCCGUCAUAGUGGGGACUAUCGGAGGUGUGGCGGUCAUCGCCUUCAUCAUCGCAGCUGUGAGAUACGUGGGUCAUAACAAUAAAAAAGAGAAUGGUAACCCUGGGCAGGACGUGGGAUCUAAAGUGGAGAAUCCCUCAAUGUUCUACAGCGCAGUCAAGAAGGACAAACAGAGUCUCAGGAAAAAAGUGCUUAAGACUGAGCUCCUGGGCUCAAAGUUUAACUCCAUCCUAGAGGAAGGCACGGGAGACGACAGUGAUUACCAAUCUGUUGGCCCAAUUGCAGGCAUGGAGAGGCAAGAGCUGAAUUACGCCGCCCUAGAGUUCCUCCAUGGACGACACCGGGAGGGAGGCUUCAGGAGGGCUGAUGGUGACGGCAGCGACUAUACUGAAAUUAAGGCCAAAUGAACCGCGAUUCUUCCCUGAUGCCUUGGCCAAACGGGACACGGUGGCCACUAGGACCCAAUCAUUCCCCAUGCCCCACAAAUUUUCAAUUUCACCCAUAUUAAACGUGGCCUUUUGAGGGGAAAAGAACGGUCUUAAACAGCUAGCGGACAAUGUGCAAUUAUUUUUGUCAGAGUAUGAGGUUUUUGAGCUCUCUUAGUCUUACGUCUCUGAGGUUCUGGGAAUGACACUUUCCCUCACCUGUAAAAUAUACAAU